CCUGCCUGGCCUGCCUGUCACCCUGCCUGCCCGGCCAUGCCCCGCUCCUUCCUGGUGAAGAAGCCCUCCAGCACCCGCGUCCCCAACUACAGCCAGCUGGACACCCGCGCUCGCGAGCUCAGCGGCUUGUGUGACUGCGGGGGGUUGCUUGCCCCCAGCUACCGCCAGCCCCCUGCGCCCCCCACUCCUCCUCGCCCACAGGACCACGGCCACCUCCUUGCCUGCUUCUCCCUCCCACUGCCCCCCAAUGCCAAGGCUCCCCCUGUCCCAACGGGCACCCGCAGCCAGGGCACCCCCCUGAAGGACACUCAGACCCUCAACCUACCCCCGCGGCGGGGGCCACACCAGCGGAGCUUCAGCUGCCGGCACUGCGCCCAGGCGUACGCCAGCCUGGGCACCCUGAAGAUGCACAUCCGCACCCACACCCUGCCCUGCCUCUGCCGCCUCUGCGGCAAAGCCUUCUCCCGGCCCUGGCUGCUGCAGGGCCACAUCCGCACCCACACAGGGGAGAAGCCCUACGCCUGCCCCCACUGCAGCCGAGCCUUCGCCGACCGCUCCAACCUCCGUGCCCACCUCCAGACCCACUUGGACGUCAAGAAGUACCGGUGCCACGCCUGUGCCAGGACCUUCUCCCGCAUGUCGCUGCUGGCCCGGCACGAGGAGGGGGGAUGCUGUGGGGCAUCCUGAGCUGCCCACCACACACAGCUGCCCCAGGGAGGGCAGAGAGCCCCGCGCUGUGCCGUGCCGCACCGUGUCGUGCCAUGGUGUGCCACGCUGCACUGUGUCGUGCCAUGCCAUGUUGCACCAUGCCGUGCUGCACCAUGCUGUACUGCACUGUGCCGUGCCAUGCUGGUGCAACACCCCAAGAAGGGACAUGAGAGUGUCGUCACACAGGACUGCCUGGACUUUCGCAGCAGGUCACCGAAGCCCCAUGGCUGCUGCCCAGUGGCUCUGGUGCUGGGGGACACGGUGCCUUGCCUGCUCCCCUGCUGCUCUUGGGGAGGUUUCUUACCCCUCACAUUGCAGGAGACAUUAAAAGCGGAGCUGAGCACCGCAGGCAUGA